UUGAACUCACCUAAUGGUACAGUUAAAUGGGUGAAAAACUUUAAAAUCUUAUUCUUAACAUGUGCUCAGAAGCCGAAAACGAUCACAACUCCGGUUCUCCAUCAGAAGAUAGAUCGCGUUAUUGAGCAAGAGUCACCGCGUCAAAAUCUUCCGAUUAACUAUGCAUUACCGGUGAAGGAAGCCAGAAUCUCCAAUGUGCCGAGAUCUGUUUAUGCAGCUCUUUCAAACGUACAGUUUCCUGGCAUUUUUGAUCGCGAAGGGGAUCCACCGGUGAUGGUGGAUGUCGUUACAGCUACUCUCCCCAGUCGAGCCGUUGAAGUCAACGAUGGACUGAACACAAAUGAGAUUAUUGUACAGUUUCUAGCCUUUAAAUGCUUGCACAAGCAUGAGCAACCGCCUGUACGGAAGAUUUUCUUCACACUACAGUUCUAUCGAUUCCAGCAAAUCACCACGGAAGAGCUUUUGCUAUCGGAAUCCAACAAUACUAAUGGUGAGCCCAAUGUUCUGAUGCGAUUGAAUGAUAACGGUGAAGAACAAACGGAACAAGGACCAGGCUUCUCGAGUCUUCUUCGUGGUGGCAAAGAAGCUGUGCAAUGCACUGUUCAAUGUCCCGUGGUGUUCAGUGCGCUACCUGGCCAGCCGCCACGAGUAACGGCACUUCUUUACGUACGCCUAGCCAACAUAGGCCACCCAUCUUCGAAUCAGAUUGGUAAGAAUGUUUGUUAG